GAAGUCUUGAGCCGGAAGAAAGUCGGAGCACUCGACAGAAUAAAGCGAGGUAGGAGUAGCGGAGACCUCAGUUCGAAGAAGCAGAAAGUGGAAGAGCCAAGAUGAGCAGCAUCGGAACAGGUUACGAUCUCUCCGUCACCACCUUCUCUCCGGACGGCCGAGUUUUCCAGAUCGAGUACGCCGCCAAGGCCGUCGAUAACAGCGGAACUGUGAUUGGUAUCAAGUGCAAAGAUGGGAUCGUUAUGGGCGUGGAGAAGCUCAUUGCAUCCAAGAUGAUGUUGCCUGGUUCCAAUCGAAGAAUCCACUCCGUUCAUCGUCACUCUGGCAUGGCUGUUGCGGGAUUAGCUGCCGAUGGGAGGCAAAUUGUUGCACGAGCAAAAUCUGAAGCAACUAAGUAUGAAAGUGUCUAUGGUGAACCUAUUCCUGUAAAGGAACUUGCUGAACGUGUAGCAAGUUAUGUGCACUUAUGCACACUCUACUGGUGGCUCAGGCCCUUUGGGUGUGGAGUAAUUCUUGGAGGUUAUGACAGAGAGGGACCUCAAUUAUAUAUGGUUGAACCAUCAGGCAUCUCAUAUAGAUACUUUGGUGCUGCAAUUGGGAAGGGAAAGCAAGCCGCUAAAACGGAAAUUGAAAAGUUGAAGCUCUCUGAAAUGACAUGCAGGGAAGGGGUUAUUGAGGUAGCCAAAAUCAUCUAUAAGGUACAUGAUGAAGCUAAGGACAAGGCAUUUGAAUUGGAGAUGAGUUGGGUCUGUGAUGAGUCAAAGCAACAACAUGAAAAGGUUCCUGAGGCACUGCUAGAGGAGGCCAAGGCUGCUGCUAGGGCUGCACUGGAAGAAAUGGAUGCUGAUUAACUUAAAGGAGUUGCCAUCUUCUUAUUUUGAUAAUCUAAUCUUCAAAUGUUUUUCAUUGUCAAGAACAGAAUGGUUUUAUUUUUGAAUGAACUCGUUGUUCAAACUUGUUUCCCCAUAUCGUAUAUUUGUACCUGUGUGGUCUUAGGAAUGUACCAUGAACUUGAAUCAGAUGCCAUAUUAAGUGUCAUCAGAACAAAGAUGAAAUAUCCUACUCACUUCUUCUCUUUGCCCUUCUUUUAAUCAAACAAUUAUUAACCC